ACAACAACACAGGAGCGACCUCGUCCCCAGCCUGCCAGCCUUUGCCCCGUCCAUGUUCAGCCUGCCCCCCGCUGCCGUGUCCAGACGCUUUUACCUCAAAUCAACGCGAGCUCUUCCAAGAAAGGCAGAAAAUGUUAUCUUUUAAUCCACCGCUGGAAAAGUAGUUCCAGUUCUGAAGUCCAACAGGCGCGAUUUGGCGUCGCCGAGGAAGUUUUUCUCCCCCCGCCCCUCGUCGGAUUUUGGCCCCGCGGUGGAGCCAGGAAAGCUCAGAUCUGGGGGAAAGGAACGCGUAUGAUGUGGAUCUGGUACAUUAUACUCGGCUCGAAAACAGUAGAGAGCCAGCUGCUUCCAGGGAAUAACUUCACCACAGAGUGCAAUAUCCCUGGAAAUUUCAUGUGUGGAGAUGGGAAGUGUGUCCCUGGAGGGUGGCAAUGUGAUGGGUUGCCCGAUUGCUUUGACAAGAGUGAUGAAAAAGGCUGCCCUAAAGUCAAGUCAAAGUGCGCACCCACAUUCUUUGCCUGUGCCAAUGGGGUCCACUGCAUCAUUGGUCGCUUCCAGUGUAAUGGCUUUAGUGACUGUCCUGAUGGGAGCGAUGAAGAAAACUGCACAGGUAACCCAUUAGUUUGCUCCGAGGCCCGCUUCAAGUGUCGAAAUGGUCGCUGUGUAGACCGCAGCUUUUUGUGUAAUGGUCAGGACAACUGUCAAGAUAAUAGUGACGAGGAGCUCUGCCUGAGUACAGCAGAAGCACCUGGGCAGGACUUUGUGACAUUGGACUACCGUCUGCGUUAUUACCCUAGCAUCACCUAUGCUGUCAUCGGAAGUGCUGUCAUCUUUGUGUUGGUUGUAGCCUUGCUGGCCUUGGUGCUUCAUCAUCAGAGGAAAAGGAGUGUUCUGCUUCCUACUGGUGUAAGAGGAGCCUCUCACCACCACCAACCAUUGCUCCUGUCCCGCUUGGUCAUCUUGGAUCGCGGUCACAUGCAUCCUGGUGAUCCGGUUCACUCCCCUGGCUCCCCCACUGCAGCCAACCAGUAUAGCUCAUCUCCUGAGGUUCUGCAAUUCUUGUCUGACACCCUAUGUCCUACCACACAGCCAGUAGAGACGCCUCCAUCAUACUCUCAGGCAGUUAUGGAUGUCAGUCGGCCUCCAUGGUUCGAUCUCCCGCCUCCUCCUUACCCUCCGGAUGGAGAAGAAACUUCGGAGGGCAAUUUGCCUCAUUACGAGAGCCCUUCUGCAUCGCCCACCCUUAGAACUAUGUCCUCAAACACUCAACCCAGUUCAAAUUCUAGACAUUUUUAACACUGCACAGCACAGACCUGCAGAGGCACAACACAUAAGACUGAAUAACUCCGUUGAGUAUUCUCUUCAUCCUUAAAAUUUGUAUCUUGGCUCCCCCUAGUGGACUCAUUAUGCAGAGCCUUCAUUUCAAUUAGUAAUUUGUUUAUUUCAGAUGGAAUAAUUCCACAUGUAUAGCUAUAUUUUUUUAACCAGUGACCACAGCCUUAGAAGAUUAUCUCAAGUGAGCUCGUAACAGUGUGUUAGAAGUCUAGAUGAUGGUUAUUUCAUCAUGUGUAACAGUAAUUAUGUCCUAUUUCAGGGGAUACAUAUGGACCGUGUACAUCCAAAAAUGGCAAUCAACCUGUUAAAUCUAGCUUUGGUUGUGUCCACAUGUUUGGUUGCAUCAUGAUGGAAUGAUGUUUUAGCAUUUAUUCAGUAUUGUUGAUACUCGAAUUAAGGCUGGUCUUCUAUUGGAAGACAAAUCAGUGCUCUAGUAAAAACAUCGAUAAAUGCUUAAUGCAGUCCAUAUCUUGGUCCAGUUAGUGGUAUUUUAUCUCACUAAUAGGACUAGAGGCAUAUUAGAACAAGUAGUAUUACAAGUAAGUAGGGUUUUUGUGUGAAUGUUUUCAACAUUGAGACUUCAUUAGAAGGAAAAAAACAUUCUGAAACAUUGAACUCCUCAGUAAAUUUGUAGGUGUUUUUAUUCUUGCGUUAUUUGUUUUACACGCUAUAAUUUAAUUAACUUAAUAAUUAAUUUAAUAAUUAAAAAAAUAUCAACAUUAAGCUUUGGAGAUGUGCUUUUACGAUUCAGAAACAGCUAACUCAUAGGUUUGUGGUUUUAAUAGCGUGCAAAAGAAUAAUAUUACAUGUCAACUAACUGAAAGUUAAUCAAGGGUACUAAAAUGACUAUGAAGAUGUUUCAACUGCAUUAUCUUGGAUGAAUUCAUAUUUUUUGCGGGGGUAUUUAAAAGCAGUAAUAGAUGUUUGAGGGUUUUUUUGUUUUGUUUUUAACAGUAUCUACUAAUUACUUUUUAUUACAGAUAAUACAUGAGUUGGACCAAUUAAUUGAAAUAAGUAGAAGAAGUAGUCUCUUUCUCAGCAUGCACUUAGCAAAGUACAGUACUUCCUCAACACUAACAAAAUCAUUUGUGGUGUAUAUCGUAAAAAUCGCACUUACUGGACAAGGAUUUUACGUGAUGCCCUAUGCACCUGAAAAGCUACACAUUACAUUACCGGCCUACAAGUUUGUUCAAGAUUGUCAAGUUGUAUAUUACAACAACAAUAGUUAUAUAUUGACUGCAGCUGAAAUCAUUUUAGAGGGACCGUGUGGUUUGUGAAAAAGAAUGGUGGUGGUUUCAGUGGCAUAAUGGCAAACCAGCCUGAAUCUAUCUCAUGUUAUCACUUUCAUGAUAUUACAGACAUUGUGCAAAGUGCCUAUGCAAAUUGUUUCCAUGUGAAAUGAUCACUGAUGUUGAUAUUAUCAAAACAAUAAGCAAUUCUGACUGAAAUUACACAUUGUUAGAAGCAUCCAUGUCUCAUAAACGUUUUUACUUUGAUUUGCUUGUCAGCAAAUAUUUGCUAUUAAUGUAAUUUAUAUUUCAGAACUGAGGGGGGAGCUUUGGUACAAAAAAAAACAUUCAGUACAAUAUUAAUUUACGUUGUUAUAAUGUAAAUCAUUAGUAUUGUUAAUUUGUCAGAAGAGGUAGUAUGUUUCAAUGAUGUGAUUAGGUGAAGGAUAUAGUGUAUAUUUUUUUUAACAUGUAAACAUCUGUUGUGUUCUUUUGUAAAUAAAAAGUAUUUUGUUUGUAAUCCCAAACAAGUUUUCAUAAAAAAAAUAAAAAAACGAAAAUAAAUAAAUAAAUAAAA